AUGUUACCAGCUGGUGUUAUUUUAGUCUUCUGUCUGCUAUUUUGUGCUGGUUGUGCCAUCGUCGGUACCAUCGCUUACAACAAAUGGCAAGCAAGAAAGAGAUCUUUACAAAGAUUCUAA